GCUUUUGAUGUGGAAAUCAAACUCCGUCACAACCCUGGUCAUUCCAGAACUACAUUCAGAUCAAUUGAGCUGCAUGCUAAUGGUUCAAGCUUGUGUUUUUCGAUAUUUGAACGUUUGGGCUCAGGCAGGGCUUUAAAUAGUUGAAGAAGCUCUUGAAGUAACUCCUUGUGCUUGAGUGAGUGGGAUGACUCACAUGGCUUGACAAGCACCACUGACAGACAGUAGGCUAAGGAGAAAGCUGUGGCACGGACAUUCUCAUGGUGUGUGUGUGUGCUGUGUUAAUGGGAGAUUAGCGUGUGCAUUCUCACUGGCAGGAAGAACACACAUUUGUUAUGAAACUGUGUAAUAGCACAUUCAGGUAAUAAAGUGUGUGUCCUCUGAUGGUGCUGUUGACCUGAUUAUCUAGCUGUCGCGACAAUCAACUCUUUCCAGAAGAAUCCAUUUUCAAAAAGUUCUAGCUCGAACUCCCUCCAUCCCACCUCCAUAGCUCACAAAGUCAAGGCACGGACCAGGGUUACCCGCUGCAGGACCAGGGUUACCCGCUGCAGGACCAGGGUUACCCGCUGCAGGACCAGGGUUACCCGCUGCAGGACCCCAACCUGAAAAGAAAGGGGGAAAACACACACAUCCAUGCUCAGAAAUCAAGGUAGAAGAUAAUGCGUUUAUUUAGUAAUCAGCAAAUAGCUUUAAUGCAGUAGGUAAGUGCUGAGGUCUGUAAGCUUGAUAAGAUCAUUUGCUUUCAGGUGUUAUCAACCCUCUGUAUUGUACUCUGCAUAGAGUGUCAAUUGAAUAGGGUGACCUUUUGCCGCAUAAUCAAAUUGGCUGAAUUUUCCAAAAAGAUUUAUGUGGUUUCAACCAUACAUAUAUUUGGUCCAUACCCUCCCCAACAAGCAUAGACACACACCCAAGCAUAUAUAGAAACACGCACACACACACACAUUAGACGCAGAAGUGUGCUUCCCUGCAUACAAAUAUUUUCCUGUUUGUAUCCCGGUACACAACACUACUGUGUGAUACAGUAUCUGUCCACCCCAUCCUUGCUCUCUCCUUGCUCUCUCCAUCCUCCUCUGAUAAUGCUGUGACAAAUGAAAAGGCCUGCAGCCGUUGAUGAGCUUGGCAGGGUCUGAAAGGUCAGGAGAGGGAGGGAUGGAGGGGGGCAGUGGAUAUUAUCCUUGACCAUUCUGCUCUCUCUCCUUGCAAAUGUAACAACAAAAAACCAUCCACCUUAACCCCCCCACCCAUCACCCCCAAUAUGUGAUGGUUUUCUUUUGUUUGUUACACGCAAGGCUGACGGUAACGGUUACCGACUUGCGCGGAGGAAAUGUGACAAUGUCCGUUUAACUAGAUUGAUGUCAGAGCAGCCCUCCUCCACUCAUCUCUCUCCGUCUACCGACCAUCAUCAUCUACGCGCCGACAUGUACCGAGGGAUGCUUAGCACUGCAGAUUCAUAGCUGCCUACUUAAGCAAACAGCUAUUUGCGUGUUAUGAGAAAAAAGGCCGGAAAAUAUUCCCCAACUCACUCCCUGUAUAUCUAGUGGACUUUUUGAUGAAAGCAAAGCACUUGUAUCAGAAUUCCCAUUUCACCUAAGUAGGAACGCAAGCACCUUCAUUUCUUGCGUCGACCUGGCUAUUACAACAAAAAAAAACACCCAAACCACCACACGAAAGAGCAUCCAUACAUUGUUAUGGUGUAUAAUUACGUUGGAGUAAAAAUAACAAAAAAAAAUCUGUUGUAAAGAGAGAAAUAACCAGAAGCAGUUCUGCGUUAGGCCUUAGACAUAGAUUAUCCUGCUCACACUGUUAAUAUAAACCCCCCUUGUGGUUUGGCUUCAGCUGUUUGGUGAUCGCAUGGCUCUCCUGAGCCCGUAACACUCGUGACUAAAAGCCUCUCCUCAGACUAGUGAUUCUAGUACCUGGAGAGUUCCAGUUGUCGUCAGCAGUGGUGGUGGGCAUACUAGUCCAAACCUCCUGGGGGGGGAGUAGAGUGUUGCUUUAGGCCUUCUGUUCCCCUUUGCUGGAAGUGUAUCACCAUCCUUCUCUUCGUUUGUUGGUGUCCAACAGUCCAUUCUCGUUCGAGAACCAGCUGUUGUGUUUGUGUGUUUCUGUCAUGUGUACACCUGCUUAGAGAAUCCUGACCAAGGAUUACAUCUUGUUUCAUGGCUGCUGAUGAUGUUGUUGUGGUGGUGGUGUAGUUUUUGCUGACUCUCUCCUGACUUUUGACCCCGCGGUACAACAGUACUGUACAAUUUGCAAGGCUGAAGUCUAAAAAUGGCCGUAGGACGAGGUGGCGUCAGCAGAUUUCUGAGACCUGGGCUUGUUUUGCAUCAGGGUUUUGGUCAGGAAUUGUGGCAGGAGAGCUGGAGCUGUCGGUCAAAGACUGUCCAACAACAUUUUACAAAGUAGAGUAGAGAUACGUUUUCUUGGAAACACGUCUAGGUUUCUCUCGGAAUCAGAGCGAGCUGUCAGGUUUGACGGUCUUCGACAGAGAAUUGGUCGCAAGAGGAUUUUCUCCCUCUCUUCCUCCCUCUCUGUCUCUCUCUCUCUGUUCUCAUCUGAUAGCGCUCUAACGGUUUAAAUGGUUCCCAGAAGACACACAUCAGCACUCCCUCGCUCUAACACCUAUCCCUCACACAGUCCGAGGCUUCAUCGACAGGUCGGAAUGUAGUUUCCACUGUAGAAAAUUCACACUGGUUGUCAAUGGGAGUGACAUCUGACAGUGAUAUCCUGUCUUUGACGUCACUCCUUAAUGUGAUGCAACUGAGAAACCGUGUGUGGGCCAAAGUUCUGGUUUGGAUCAAACGGUCAAUGGUUAUACUAAUACUACAGGAUCUCUAGUAGUAAAUUCCUAGGAGCUUAGGCAGAUAUGGAGAUGAGUGUAGCUCAACAGGGAGAGUAAUGGUCUGGACGACCCACGGUGCUGCUGUUGACCACUCAUCUGUAUUCAGAGAGUAAUGGUCUGGACGACCCACGGUGCUGCUGUUGACCACUCAUCUGUAUUCAGAGAGUAAUGUACUGGACGACACACGGUGCUGCUGUUGACCACUCAUCUGUAUUCAGAGAGUAAUGGUCUGGACGACCCACAGUGCUGCUGUUGACCACUCAUCUGUAUUCAGAGAGUAAUGGUCUGGACGACCCACAGUGCUGCUGGUGACCACUCUUAGCUGUGUUCAGAAAGUAAUGGUCUGGACGACCCACGGUGCUGCUGUUGACCACUCUUAUCUGUGUUCAGAAAGUAAUGGUCUGGAUGACCCACGGUGCUGCUGUUGACCACUCUUAUCUGUGUUCAGAAAAUAAGGUCUGGAUGACCCACGGUGCUGCUGUUGACCACUCUUAUCUGUGUUCAGAAAAUAAUGGUCUGGACGACCCACAGUGCUGCUGUUGACCACUCUUAUCUGUGUUCAGAAAAUAAUGGUCUGGACGACCCACGGUGCUGCUGUUGACCACUCAUCUGUAUUCAGAGAGUAAUGGUCUGGAUGACCCACAGUGCUGCUGUUGAUCACUCUUAUCUGUAUUCAGAGAGUAAUGGUCUGGAUGACCCACAGUGCUGCUGUUGAUCACUCUUAUCUGUGUUCAGAAAGUAAUGGUCUGGACGACCCACGGUGCUGCUGUUGACCACUCUUAUCUGUGUUCAUAGAGGAACCCAGACGCUCAAGGAAUUAGACAUUUAUUGCUGGGGAAAUGGGCGGUGUGUGUGUGCGCGCUUUUGUGUGCGCUUGUGUGUGUGUGCGUGCAUGUCUUUGUGUGUGCGUGGAGCAGGGGCGAUAGACUUGUCCUGGCUCACCACCAUUUUAAGGUGUUGACUGAUGACACGCUGUGAGCCAUAUGUCCAAAGCAAGCAGACCCCAGUUUCUCAUAGCCCGUAGGAUCGUUUGCUUGGAAAAUGGGCUUUGAAUAAUCCGACUCACUGUUGACUCCCAUAGCCAGAUGGUAAAAUGAGACCAGCCUUCAGCGCUGGCAUCCGUUACCGGGCCAAUCAUGGCCUUGAUCAAUUUGACAGUUUUAACAUGUAGAUUUAUGUCUUGUAAAAACUGAGAUGGACAGUGCAGCCAGUCACACGCAUAGAUACAGGCACGUGGACACACACACGUAUAUGCACACACACACACACCCGAUCUAUACAGCACUGUUUUGUAUUGUGUCACUCCUAUAGGUUAUAAUCGUCUUCUCUCUCACUCCCAGUAAAUUUGUGGUAAAUGACCGGGCGUCUCUGGUGGCUGCACGAUUUGUCUCCGCUGUGCAUCAUGCUGCACCGUACCUCUCCUCCCCCUCUCCCUCCUUCCUCCCCACUCACCUCCCCCCCUCCCUCCUUCCCUCCCCACUCUCCUCCCCCUCUCCCCCCUUCCCUCCCCACUCUCCUCCCCCCUCUCCCCCUUCCCUCCCCACUCCUCCCUCCGCCCUUCCUCCCCCCCUCCUCUCCCCUUGCCCUCCCCACUCUUCCCCCUCCCCUCACUUCCCUCACGCUCCCCCCCCCCACCUUCCCUCCCCACUCCCCACCCCCCCUCUUCCCGGCCCCACUCUCCCAAAGCGCCACUCUCCCCACUCCUCCCCCCUCUUCCCUUCCUCCCCACUCUCCUCCCCCCUCACCCACUCAGAAGAAAGAAACAGCGUCUCUUCCCCCUCUCCCUCCUUCCCUCCCCACUCUCCGCCCGCCUCGCCCCCCUUCCAUCCCCCCUAAACCUCCUCACCCAUUCUCCCCGUCCCUCCCCCUCUCCUACCCCUUCUCCCCUUCCCUCCCCCCUCUCCUGCCUGUGUGACCAGCCUUCGUGUCAGCUCGACUAACGCCUCAGCGGCGGCUGACUUUAAUUCAUGUCCUCUGAAAUCUGGGGCAAUAAUACAGAAUUACAUUAUUUGUUUAUCAAAUCGAAAUAAAAUCUAAUGCAGCUUUCUUGGCAGCGUUGAGACAUUCAGGUGACUCCCCUCUCCACCUCCCCCUCGUCCACCCCCCCCCGUUUCUGAUUGUGCUGUGAUUAGGUCUGGCUACUCGUUUAACAUCGUCCGAGGGAAUACCUUUGAAAUUGUGAGUGAGAGAGAAAUAUACACUGAGUGUACAAAACAUUAGCAAGACCUUCCUAAUAUUGAGUUGUACACAGUGUAUCUCUAGACGAAGCAGCACAAUUAAAUUGUUAAGGCAUUGAUUUAACCCCAAUCAAUUCACCGGCCAAUUUAUUAAGAAAUGUUUUCUGUCUGAGUGGACUGGUUUCUUUGGUUUGUUCCUCCCUGUAUUUGCAGAGAGAGUCUAAACCAUACUUUCAGUACCAGAUGACUCAUUUAGAAUGAGAGGGUUUUUCUUCUUCUCCCUGAGUGGCUGUUGUAACAGUUUCUGUCUUUCAUUUUAAGUUAACAGAAGUGCAAAACUUGUGUAUAUGAGAUUAAUCUAUUUCUUAUUAAAUGGUCAGGUUUGUAAUUGCAGAAACUUUUUUAUAGUGGGUUUUUUAUUCCCGUCCUUCAAAGAUUUAAAGAUGCAUUGCCAAAUGCCUACUUGAAAUUUGAUCCCUGGCGCGUUGCUCAGAGGCUUCAAAUCUUCAAGAAGCAAUUAGUUGUUUUAAUUUGGCUUUUUGCCUCAGACUUCAAAAGUGUGUAUUUACAAAAAAAACACACACCCCCUGUUAUCAGGGGCAUGAAUUAUAUCUCUGGAACACAAUGGCUCGGCGGAACUCAAUAAAAGAGUUAAAGCAAGGACGAUUUCAAAGACAGCCUGUCUGAUAACAAAGGACCUCACCUGAUAAUGAACGACUGGUGUGCUUCUUUCUUUUCUCCAAAGUGAGGCAGGGGGAUAAGCGGGUAGGAGGGAUGGGGGAGAAACAUGGAACGGCCCUACCGGCACUUGCCAGCAUGCUUUAUGGCUAAUUGAAGUGCUUGGAGUAAAACAGCCAUGAAUGGCACCCUUUAGAAUUGAAGCUGGUUAAUAUAUUGUGAUCCUACAUGUAGCCUUGAAUGGUUAUUAUCUCUUUAAUUGGGUGAGGUCCAUUAACCGGGAUAGAAGAGAUGGUGCUCCCACCGAGGUCAUUUAUUUGUUAUUUUGCCACGCCCUUUUCAGUCUCUGACAGCUGCUGUGGUAAUCGAUAAAAGUGGACGCAGCCGUCAGUGGGUUGCCAGGUUAGCUCUGACGUCCUUCCCCUUUGGGGUUGCAUAUCUCAAACCACUCAGUCCAAGUGAGGGAUUUCUCCCACGUGGGUGCUUUUCGGUGGUGAAGACUCAAGAGGUGGUGGAUUGACUUUGGUCUAGUGAAGCGGCGUGAGGAUGGUCUUAAGCUGGCAUGGCAAAGCUGGGCUUUGCUGGACAGGGGCUCUCUCAAGAGGAGAACCACUUACUCAGGUCUCUUCUUUUUCCCCAGCCCCUGAAAAUCCUCUGACUGGCCUGGGACUCUCACCAGCCUGAGCUUUAGCAAGGCCUAUAGCAUGACCGUCACGACUUGAGCUUUUACAAGUGUCCCUUUCACAGCAUUACAGUCCUCUAGACUUUCGUAAGAGUUCUUCAAACUCUUUUUUUCAAACAGCAGACCUGGGUUCAAAUACUAUUUCAAAUAUCUCAAAUACUUUCACAGACAUUUGAAGUAAGUAUUCAGAUAUAUUUUAUUUGAAAAGACAUGUAGUUCAAUAUUUUAAUGUAUUUGGAAAUACACUUGGAAAGUAUUUGAAAAUACACUAUCUCAAAUACACUCGCAUGCAUUUCACCCAGGUAUUUGAAAUAAGUGUUUGAAAAUACUCUCAAAUACAAUUUGGUACACAAUUUGGUUUUUACAAAUAACCAUUCAAAAACUCAAAUAAAAGUACUUGUUUUGGGCUGUCUAUUUGAAAAUACUCAAAUACACAGAUUUUGUUGUUGUUGUUGAAAUACCAGAUACUCAAAUACACAUGUAUUUGAACCCAGGUCUGGAUUUGCCUAGGUUGUGUAGUAUCCCGAGUGAAACUCAAAAGAUUCCUGGGACCCCUCCCUGCCGAUGAAGCUCAGUGGCCUUUUAAACUUUUACUGGCACUAGGUAAGAUGGUGGUCUUGAUUUCACUGCCAAAACGGCUGCAUAUAUAGACUGGAAAAGGCUUGAGACUGGAAAGAGGUUUAAAAAAAAAAGUGUGACCCAAGCCUUCUGUGAAAAGUUGUUCAAGUUUAAUCCAAACAGAUGGUUCUCCAUUAAAGCCUCGUUUGAGAUAAUCUGAAAUGAUCCCAGUUACAAUUUUCUAGCUGAGGAGCGCGUGUUCGGUUCUAAGAAAAGGCUCUGUCUGUAUCAAUUGUUAUUACCCACCCGCUUAGCGCUCGGCUAAUAAAGUGGGAUGUCGGAAAACUGUGAACGGCAACAUAGGUUCCGGCACAGUGAAUUGGAGCUCUUUGCAAGUAAUUAAACAGCAUGGUACCUCAUCGGGAGCAAUUUCCUGCAAACCAUUUACUGCCAGUGCUGGCGUGGCCCCAGUCACCGUUUUGUUAUCUCUGUGAAAUAUGUAACUUUUAUGUUGUUAGAGGAUGGAUAUCAUAUGAAUGAGCAUUGGAUUCACAUUCUCCUCACUGUCAGAUGGCUAACACAAAUGCUAAGGCUAUCUGUAUCAUCUAAGCAAAAAAAUGGAGGGGAAAAAUGUAAUGUCCGCUAUCUUGGAAGCUCCAAAGCUUCUCCUGUCAAGAGCUAUCCACAGCGGUGUGUAAUCGUAGGAAACUCAGAGGGGUUGAAUGGGAGCAAGCGGCCCGGGGUAAUUGUAUGCACGUGGGAGCCAAGCACGAGCAGGCAAGCAGCGCCCCUAUCUUUAGGGAUGUUUCCCCCUUGGCGCAAUGAUCGCUGCAUGCUAUCGGCGAGCGAUGCUUAUCCUGCCAAGGGAUUUGUGGGGAUUUGUGCUUAUUCUUAUUGGGCUCGCCAUGGAGCGUCACUGUUUAACUUUUCCCCGGUUCCCCUGGGUUUUGGUCCUGGAACUUCCAGUGCCUAUUGUCUCCCCCUCCAUAAUCCUCUGUCUCUCUCACCUCCCCUGUUGAUGCUAAGUAGCCAACAUCUCUCCCUCUCUGUCUCGUUCUCACCCUCUCUCAUUAUGUCACCCCUUUAAAUGGGGAAACAGCUGCAGCAAACUCACAACAUCCCCUUCAGAGGGGAACAAGAGGCGAAAACAGACAGACUUUAUUUUGAAAUGUUUACGUCAACCCCCACCACACACGCUUCUCGACGAACUUCAGUUGUCUUUUCCCGACACUUAAAAAUAUCCGAUUCAUUUAGCAUUAGCAGGCGGUAAUUCGCCUUAUCGGAGGAUUUCUCACAAACAUCUUGUCGACAAGUCGAUCGUUCCCUUUUCUGAGGGGAGAGUUGGGGGAUUGAGGCGACUCAACUUCCCUCCCCCCUAGAUACUUUGCUGUGUGUCAGCCUUGUUAAUGGAUUUCUUGGGGGAGAUAUUAUUUUGGUCCAGUAAGCUGCAUGCUUAAAAUAUGAGUGACAGGGCUGAUUCUCAUGCGCACAGAGAGAGAAUGUUGUUUUUAAAAAGAUAGGACUGCAGAAAAGAGCCACUCUGCUGCAAAACAGUCAUACUCUAUUAACAAUAGAAGCGUGUGAACACCCACCCUCCCAACCCCCUCUGCAAAAAAAGACGUACUGCUAAAGCAACUUCUCCAAACUAAAAUGUUCUAUUUCUCCCUCCCUCACACUCUCUCUUUCCAUCUCUCUCCCUCCCUUUCUCUCUCUCUUCUCUUCCCCUCCUAAGAAGAUAGAUGAGGAAAAUGAGGCCAAUUUGCUGGCAGUGCUUACAGAAACCCUGGACAGCAUCCCAGUGGACGAGGACGGAUUGCCUUCGUUCGAGGCCCUGGCAGAUGGGGACGUGACCAAUGCCAGUGACCAGAGCUGUCCCUCCACCCCCGACGGCUCGCCGCGCACCCCCGAACCAGAGGAGCCCUCCCUGGUAAGACUCUGUUCCACCGACACCUCUUUUGUCCCUACCUCCACCACAACCACCACCCAAUUCCCCACAAUCCAUGACUAUACACCCUCAUCCCGCAGCACACCCUGCCUCCAGCUUUGGCAACAACCCCCCCCCCCCCCCCCCCCCGUGCAUAUCUGUGUGCUGAGCUGACCAUGAUGCAGAUGCCUGGAUGAAAGAGAAAAUCAAAUGGAUCAGUGUUAGCUGUGAGGUGCUAAUUGCAUUGUAGCGUCCGAACAGCGCCAAUGUAACGAUACAUGCACAGCGGUGGGUCUGUUAUGGUCGACACUAUGCCACGGGCCUGGAAAUCAAUCUAGGGAUGUAAUGAGAAAAUGAAAUCCAUCUCAUCUCAUCUAAUGUCAGUGGGCCAUACUAAACCAUCAUUGGAGAAAAGACCAUUGUAUUUGUUACGAAACACACUACAGAAUUACAUAACCUCUUCGAUUAGGCCUUUCCUGAGGGAGUUUAUUUUGUUCAGUCAUAGUCCAUGUUUUUAAUGCCACCCCUCCCCAUUGUUUUGUGAAUCACACUAGUAAAGCACAGCCAUUGUGUCCCCCAAAACACCUGCCAUGGAAAGACCGGUUUCCUCUUUGACUUGUCCUGUUAACACUGUAAAUAAAGAGGUAAAAGGCCUGUAUUGAUAGGCAGCAAUGCAUUUGUCUUCAUCAGGUUUCUGUGUUUUUGUACAACUACACCAAGAUAAAUCAAACAUCCUCAGUCGCACAUUUACAAAAGCAUUGAUAUUCUCUCUCUGAUUGUUUAAUUGAGUGAAAUUAUGACAUUUCAGAGGCAGCGUUUGGCUAAACUCUAACUCUUCUCACCCCUUUUUUCUCUAUUCGCUCUUCUUCCUCCCUUUCUUCCCUGUUCUGUUUGGGUCUUUCGCAGCUGAAGAAGCUACUUCUGGCACCCGCGAACUCCCAGCUCAGCUAUAAUCAAUACAUAGGUGACAAGGCACAAAACCAUGCAGCCAGCAACCACCGGAUCAGACCACCACCUGCUGUUGUCAAGGUAGCUACCCAGUCGUGCCAUUGGUUCACUUCAAAGGCACCGCUUCCGCGGGCCACUCCAUGUUUGUUUACCAUCUCUGUUCUUUUUUUUUUAUAUAUUUUUUUUUGCCGGCCUUGGAAGAUGUUAAACUUCUGUUCCACUGUACCCUCCUGGGGGCCAUCUUGUAAUGAAAACAGCCUGAUUGCCUGUUCGGCUUUCCAGGCGAGGCAUCGGGACUGUUGUCUCAUUAGCUAAAGCACUUAUCUCCCCUCCCUUGUAACGUGUCUGUCGAAAAUCAAACGUUGACAAGCAUUCCUUGCAGUGAGAUUGAUGCUGAUGACAAGAUCUAAAUAUCUAGUCAUACAGUCUCGAUGUUGUUACCCUUUCUUACAAUUGCUGUUCUGUAGAGCGAAUGGGUUUCCAUUUAGAUUAAUGUAGUAUUUCAGUGGGUUUAAUUAAAAUGGGCACAGGAAUGCCAAUUAAAUGAAGUAGGUGAUUCCAGUAUUUUGCUGCUUGCCGCAUUUUAUUGGAACAUGAUGAAUGCACUUGAAUAUUUUUAUUUAGUAUCAUAGCACAUCAAUAAUUGUUUACUCAUCCUUGUUCGUAUGAAUAUACGCCUGAUAUAAGUCCCUCAGUGCUUAAAAAACCUGAAUUUGGAAUGCCUUGGUAGCAUUGUAGUCUGGUAAACAGUGCAUACACACAGCUUACACAUCUCUGAAAAGUCUAUUUUUAAACCGUGCUUUUGACAUCCAUUUCUGGAGCACGGUGCUUGGAAGGCUCCCUGAGGACAGAGCUACUGCGGUGGCGCUCGGGGGCCAUGCAAUUAAGAUGAUGGGCGGGCGGCGCUCCUACCACCGCCUCCCAGACAGUUGGGCGACCCGCUAUGCUGAACUUCACUCUCUCUCUUUUUCUUCCUCUCUUUCUUUGUCUUUCUACCUGCCCCUGCAGACGGAGAACUCCUGGAACAGCAAGCCGAGGGGGGGCUGUCCGCAGCAGAGCCGUCUAGUGAGGCGCCCGUGCACCGAGCUGCUGAAGUACCUGACUGCCACCGACGACAUCCUCCUCCAGACCAAAGCCAGCGAAGCCAAGAGCGCCUGGGGGGGCGGCGGCAAAGACAAGGGCGGCCUGCCUGGCGCCUCUUCCUCCUCUUCCUCACCGUCCUCCACCACCUCCUUCUCCUCCCUCUCCUCCUCCUCCUCCUCGAUCACCUCCAAGAAGAAGUCGUCCUCGUCGUCUGUCGUGUCGCAGCAGCAGCAGCCACAUCACCAGCGAGGUGAGAGCCGGGCUGCUGGCGAGUGUAGUGUGGCUGGUGUGGGGGCUGGGAAGUGGCGUCGUUGCGCUCAUGGGGCUGGUGGCACUGAGGGACAGUCCGAACCGGCGGCGGCACCCGCUCCCGUCCCCCAGGCACGUAGGAACGACAGCGUCCAUGCCUGCCCCAAACUGGAGCGCAGGCCGUCCAGUGAAGAAGGAAGGCCGCCAGGUCCGCAGCCUGCGGUGGACGCGGGGCGCCUGGCAGUCGCUAGGUUCAUUAGGUACAUGCAUUCUUAUUCUCUCCCUUCUAGAGAGACAGGUCAGACAGGCAGCUGUGGGCGUUGCCGUAAGGCGGGUGAGUGCUGGGGCAGGCAUGACCGCAGUGCGGCGGUGCCUAGGCACAUCACCGUGACCAUUAAGAAAAGAGAGGAGGAGCCGGGGCAUCCAUUGCUUAGCCAGCUGCUGACCUCCAAGCAGAGGCCCGCCCGCUAUCAGGCCCACUUGCUCCCGUCCGCUACUACCCCUCAGCCUCGCAAGAGCAGUUCAUCAAGAAUAAGCUCUGGAGUCCUGGAGAGGGAUGAGUGUCCCAGCCAGGCUAUUGAGGUGGAGGAGAAGGAGCACAGAGGGACUGUCAAUAUCAAUCCCGGCAGCUGGGGUCUCAGACAGGCCAAGGAGCCUGAUUCGGACCCCCUGUUGGCCGAAAGCUUAGGCCUAGGCAGCUGGGUUAGCCAGCCAGACCAGGGGCUAGAUUUGGGGCUGGGGCUGGGCUUGGGUUGGCUGGAGGUUGGCCUGGUGGAGCAGGCUGACUGUUUCGGGGAGGAUGUUCGCGAUGAUGAUGCCAUGGGCAGCCCCAUGGCGCUCUCACAGGGCCUGCCAAGCCCACUCUUCCCAGAUUGUAGAAUUCCAGACCCCACUCCCUCCGUCACACAAGGGCAGCAGCACCUACACAGGCAGGCAGUCUGCAGGCACCCCGAUGACCAGGGCCUCACGUUGUUAGGUAAUCAUCGCUGCAUCCCCGCCCUCUCUCUCUUCUCCCUCUCCUGCUCUAACCACUUCCCAGUUUGACUACACACUAACCCCAAUGCUAAUUCGACGCUAUCACUCUGAGAACAAAAAAAUUAAUUGCUAGGUGCACCAUCUAUUUCAAAAGGUAUUCUUUAGAAUUGGUACAGACCCUUGCCUCAAGAUUGACUUAACGGGGAGGUGGGAGAGGGGUAGUAGUAGCCUGUUAUGUUUUGAUACACUAUGGCAUCUGUUAAGUCAACCACUAUCUGGCUGGAUCAAGCUGAGUGUGCUGAAUGUCUACCUAGCUAGUCUGGGCAGGGCAAUGCUCUAAUGACUUAGUUGUCUGACUGAGCAACACUCUUUAACUGCAGUUGGAGACAGCCAGAGCCUCAGGCAACUGCGCAAGCUUCCUUGACUCUCCUUUCUUCCUCUGCUUUUGGUUCCAAAUGCAUGCGACAAUUACUUCAUAGCCACUACCACCACCGCCUCCCAUUGCCAUGUGUGCUGUUUGUGCCGUCGUAUCUUUCGUUUUUUUUAUUGAGUGGGAUAUCUGUGUGAAACUCUGUACUCUGGACACUUGCCAAUGCCAUCACUUCAUCCUGCCUCACAAAGUGAACAGUCAAACCCCCCCCCACCACCACAAAAUAACAUACAGACAGGGUCAAUAGAGAAAGCUUAUUGUUUUUUUGCUCUUGUAAACCAAUAGCAAGAGAGCAUUAUGCUAACCGUACUGGGUUGGGUAUUUGUAAUGUUACCUGCUGUUAAUGCUCCAAUUGAUUUGCAGAUGUGGACCUGAUCUCUUCUGCCUCAACUUGUUAUCUAUCUAGUUAAAUAAUUACCCAUGCUCCUUUGUGUUCUGCAGCCAAACCAACCACCUUGCCACUUUCUUUGACCCCAGAGUCUCCAAAGUAAGUGCAAGAGUUUUUCAACAUUCUACAUAGAACAGACAAAACAAAACAAAAUAACAAAGAUACACUACAUGACCAAAAGUAUGUGGACACCUGCUCAUUGAACAUCUCAUUACACAAUCAUGGGCAUUAAUAUGGAGUUGGUCCCCCCUUUGCUGCUAUAAUAGCCUCCACUCAUCUGGAAAGGCUUUCCACUAGAUGUUGGAACAUUGCUGCGGGGACUUCCAUUCAGCCACAAGAGCAUUAAUGAGGUCGGGCACUGAUGUUGGCCGAUUACGCCUGGCUCAUAGUCGGCGUUCCAAUUCAUCCCAAAGGUGUUUGAUGGGGUUGAGGUCAGGGCUCUGUGUAGGCCAGUCAAUUUCUUCAACAAACCAUUUCUGUAUGGACCUCGCUUUGUGCACAGGGACAUUGUCAUGCUGAAACAGGAAAGGGCCUUCCCCAAACUGUUGCCAAGAAGUUGGAAGCACAGAAUUGUCUAGAAUGUCAUUGUAUACUGUAGCGUUAAGAUUUCCCUUCACUGGAACUAAGGGCCCUAUCCCGAACCAUGAAACACAGCCCCAGACCAUUAUUCCUCCUCCACCAAACUUUACAGUAGGCAUUGUUGCAUUGUGCCAGGUAGCAUUCUCCUGGCAUCCGCCAAACCCAGAUUCGUCCAUCGGACUGCCAGAUGGUGAAGUGUGAUUCAUCACUCCAGAGAACGCGUUUCCACUGCUCCAGAGUCCAAUGGCGGCGAGCUUUACACCACUCCAGCCAACGCUUGGCAUUGCGCAGGGUGAUCUUAGGCUUGUGUGUGACUGCUCGGCCAUGGAAACUCAUUUCAUGAAGCUCCCGACGAACAGUUAUUGUGCUGACGUUGCUUCCAGAGGCAGUUUGGAACUCUCUAGUGAGUGUUGCAACCGAGGACAGACAAUUUUUACACGUUACGCACUUCAGCACUCUGCGGUCUCGUUCUGUGAGCUUAUGUGGCCUACCACUUCGCGGCUGAGCCGUUGUUGCUCCUAGACGUUUCCACUUCACAAUAAUAGCACUUACAGUUGACCGGGGCAACUCUAGCAGGGCAGAAAUUUGACAAACUGAGGUGGCAUCCUAUGAUGGUGCCACGUUGAAAGUCACAGCUCUUCAGUAAGGCCAUUCUACUGCCUAUGUUUGUCUAUGGAGAUUGCAUGGCUGUGUGCUCGAUUUUAUACACCUGUCAGCAACGGGUGUGGCUGAAAUAGCCGAAUCCACUAAUUUGAAGGGGUGUCCACAUACUUUUGUAUAUGUAGUGUAAAUCAAAAGACAAACAAUGUGCACCAAGAUGAGGCUUUGUCUCAUUUCCAUUUCUAAGAUCACAAAGGCCUUCAUUAAUGUCACAGUAAAACGGUGUGUUCAAUCUCUUUUGUCUUUCAGUGACCACAAGGGAUCACCGUUUGAGAACAAAACCAUUGAACGCACAUUGAGUGUGGAGAUCUCUGGAACCCCAGGUAAGAAUGUGUUUUCAGUGAAUUUAUGAAUAAAGAUCAUCCAUAUAUAAAUGAGUGGGGCUUGAUGCAAAUGUUCACACAAAUUACAGAGUAGCUCACCUUGCUUUGUAACGGUAUAAUGGUAAACCCCUGCUCUCUCACUAAGCCAGUUAGGGGUUACAUUCCAGUCACUACCCCGGGGCUUUUCACACCAUCUUGAUAGUUCCAUAAAAGUUCAGAGUUCAAGGUGAAGGACUAGGACACAGGGAGACAUGUUUUAUAUGCCUCACUAUUGAUUAAGAGAUCCAAUCUCCUUUGGGUUUAUUUGACAGAUCCCCCUCCUCUCUGUGAAGGGUUAAUAUGCUGCCACUCCUCUUCUCUCUCUCUCUCUCUCUCUCUCUCUCUCUCUCUCUCUCUCUCUCUCUCUCUCUCCUCUCUCUCUCUCUCUCUCUCUCUCUCUCUCUCAUAUGCCGGGAUCUUAAUGCUCUUUGACUGCGAUACUCACUUAACCAAUACAUCACCGACAAACUGAUGUGGCAUUAUUAUUGUUUUAAUUGGUUUUGCCACAUAAUUCGAUUUGACCGACAUUAUCUGUGUCUUUUUUUUCUCCUCAGAAGGUCUGGUAAUUUCAUUAGAGACAUGGAAGGUAUUCUCCCAUUUUAAGGCUCUGUAUUUAUGGAAAGGAUGCAAUUUUUCAAAUGGGGUCAACGCAGGGGGAUUUAAUAUUCAUAUUGUCAUAUCCCUAGGAUACACGAAAAAAAAAAAACCCCAAAAAAGGGGGGGGGGGGUUUUUUUUGGGGGGUUUUUAAAAUUUUUUGGGGGGCCAAAAAAAAACCGGGGAAAAAAUUUUUCCAAACCCCCAAAAAAAAAAAAACCCCCCCAAACCCCCCCCAAAAAAAUUUGGGGGGGGUUUUUGGGGGGGUUUUCCCUUUUUUAAAAAAAAAAAAAAAUUUUUCCCCCCUUUGGGGGAAAAUUUUGGUUUUUUAAUUUUUUAAAAAAAACCAAAAAUUUUUUUGGGGGGAAAAAAACAAAAAAAUUUCCCUUUUUUUUGAAGGCCCAAAAAACCCCCCUUUCCAAACCCCCGGGGAAAAAAAAAAAAAGGGGGGUUUUUAACCCCAAAAAAAAAAAAAAAAAAAGGGAAAAAAAUAAAAACCCCGGGGCCCCCCCCAAAAAAACCCCCCUUUUUUUUUUUGGGGUUUUUUUUUGGGGGGGGGCCCCCCCCUUUUUUUCCCCCCCUUUUUUUUUUUUCCCCCCCCCUUUCCCUUUUCCCCCCCUUUUUUUCCCCCCCCCGGGGGUUUAACCCCCUUUUUUUCCCAACCCCAAAAAAGGGGGGGGGGGGGUUUUUUUUUUUUUCCCAAAAAAUUUUUAAAAGGGUUUUUUUUUUGGGUUUUAAAAAAGGGGAAAAACCCCCGGGGGAAAAAAGGGAAAAAAUUUUUAAAGGGGGGGGAAAAAAAACCCCCCCCAAAUUUUUUUUUCCCCCCCGGGGUUUUUCCCCCCAAAAAAAAUUUUUGGGGGGUUUGGGGGGGGCCCAAAAGGGGCCCCCCCCCCCCUUUUUUUUUUCCCUUUUUUGGGUUUUCCCUCCCCCCCCAACCCCCCUUUUUUUUUUCCCCCCUUUUUCCCCCCUUUUUUUUCCCCCCCCUUUCCCCCGGGGGGCCCCCCCCCCUUUUUUUUCCCCCCCAAAUUUUUCCCCAAAAGCCCCCUUUUUCCCCCCUUUUUUUAACCCCCCCCUUUUUUUUUUUUUUUAAAUUCCCCCUUUUUUUUUCCUUUUUUUUAACCCCCCUUCCCCCCCCCUUUUUCCCCCCGUUUUUUUUUCCCCUUUUCCCGGGGGGGAAAACCCCCUUUUUUCCCCCGGGGGGCCCCCAAAAAAUUUUUUUAAAAACCCUUUUUUCCCCCCCCUUUUUUUCAAGGGGGUUGGGGGGUUUUCCAUUUUUCCCCCCGGGCCCCCGGGGGGAAAAAUUUUUUUUUGGGGAAAAAAUUUUUUUUUUUUUCCCCCCUUUUUCCCGAAGGGUUUUUUCCUUUUAACCCAAAAACCCCCCUUUUUUUUUUGGGUUUUUCUCUUUUUCCAAGGCCCGGGCCCCCAAAAAACCCCUUUUCCCCCGGGUUGGGGCCGGCCCCGGGGCCCGGUUUUUUUUGGGGAAAAAAAAAUUUUUUUGGGGGGCCCCCUUUUUUUUGGGGAACCGGGGGGGUUUUAAAACCCCCCCCCCCGGGGGGAAAACCCCCCCCUUUUCCCCCAAAAUUUUAAAAGGGGGGGGGGGGGAAAAAAAUGUUUUUCCCCCCCCGGGGGCCCCCCCUUUUUGGGUUUUUUCCCCCCCCUUUUUAAUUUUUUGGCCCUUUUCCCCCCCCCCUUUUUCCCCCUUUUUUCCCCCCCUUUUUUCCUUUUUUUGGGGGGUUUCCCCCCCCGGGGAAAAAAAAAACCCCCGGAAAAUUUUUUGGCCCCCCCCAAAAAUUUUUUUUUUUCCCCCCCCCCCUUUUUUUUUUUUAGGGGGGGUUUUUUUUUAAUUUUUUUUGGGGGGAAGGGUUUUUCCUUUUUUUCCCCCCUUUUUUGGGAAAAAAAGGGGGGCCCUUUUUCCAAAGGGGGCCCCCUUUUUUUUUUCCCCCGGGGGGUUUUUUUUUUUUUUUUUUUUUUUUUUUUUUUUUUUAAAACCCCCGGGGUUUUCCCCCCCGGGUUAAAGGGGAAAAAACCCCCCUUUUUUUAAAAAAACCCCCCCCCCCCCCCCCCCAAAACCCCCCGGGGGGCCCCCCCAAAAAAAAAACCCCCCCCCCGGGGGGGGGGAAAAUUAAAAAAAAAAAAAAGGGGGGGGGAAAAAAAAAAAAAGGGGGGGAAAAAAUUUUUUUUUUUUUUUUUCCCCCCUUUUCCCCCUUUCCCCCCUCCCUUUUUUUUUCCCUUUUUUUUCCCCCCCCGGAAGGGGAAUUUUUGGGUCCCCCUCCAAAACCCCCCCCCCAAAAUUUUUUCCCCCCGGGAAAAAAAAAAUUUUUCCCCCCUUUUUUUUUCCCCUUUUUUUUUAAAAAAAGGGGAAAAAACCCCAAAAAAAAACCCCCCCCAAAACCCUUUUUUUAAAACCCCUUUAAAAUUUUUUCCCCCCUUUUGGGGUUUUGGGGGGUUUUUUUGGGGAAAAAAAAAUUCCCCCCCCAACCCCUUUUUUUUGGGGGAAAAGGGGGAAAACCCGGGGGGAAAAAGGGGGAAAAAAUUUUGGGAAAAAAAUUUUUUUAAAUUUUUUUUUUUUUAAAAAAAAAAAAAAAUUUUGGGGCCCCCUUUUUUUUAAAAAAAAAAAACCCCUUUUUUUUUUCUUUUUUUUUUUUGGGGGAAAAAAAAAGGGGGGGCAAAACCCCCCCCCGGGGGGGGCUUUUUUUGGGGGGGGGGGGGGGGGGGAAAAAAAAAAUUUUUUUGGGGGCCCUUUUAAAAAUUUUUAAAUUUAAAAAAUGGGGGGGGUUUUUCUUUUUAAAAAGGGGGGGAAAAAGGGGGGUUUUUUUUUUUUUUUCCUUUUUUUAACCCCCCCAAAAAAAAAAAAUUAUUUUGGGGGGAAAAAAAAAAAAAGGGGUUUUUUGGGGAAAAACGGGUUUUUUUUAAAUUUUUUUCCCCGGGGGGGAAAAAAUUUUUUUUUUUUUUUGGGGGUUUUUUUUUAAAAAUUUAAAAAAGGGGGGGGGUUUAAAAAAUUUUUUUAAAAGGGGGGGUUUUUUAAUUUUUUUGGCCCCUAAAAAAAAAGGGAAAAAAAAAAAAAUUUUUUUUUAAAAACCUUUAAAUUUUUCAAAAAAAACCCCUGACUCGCCUCCUAGAGUCAAGGUGGCAUUUUGUUUGGGAACAAGGCCCAAUAGGAAUGAAUUAUCUGGAGUCUCUUUAGAGUCGGAGAUGGGGUAGAUUUGUGGGACACCAAAGCCCCAAGGGGGUUCCUCCAGAUGACCAAGCUCCGAUUUGCCAUUUAACCCUGUGUUUACAGAAGCAUCAGAGGUUAGAGGGGACACCCAUAGGGAAUUAAGAGCUAUGGAGCAAUCAAACUGUUCAUAUUUCUUUAUUUUUACUGCUUCUGACCUCGGGCUUCAAUCCCAUUCUCCUCAUGUCCCUGUGUUCCUGCUUCAGCGAUAGUUAAUAAAGCCAAACUCUGACUCCACUGCCCUUUGCAGAUUUGGGAUUAGAUAUUAGGGGAAAAGCCAUUAGAAGAAAAAGCUAAUGGAUACUGAGCCCCUUACGUUUUAGGAUUAGUCUAGUCCCGUGUGGUAAGCGACUCAGGAAUGCCUGAUAUGGAGAAACAGGGGGAAUAAAAUCUCUGUGAUCCCUUGAGUUAAUGUGUCCUCAGUAGAACGGUUCCGGUAGAUCUGGAGAUGAUGGUUCUUUAAUUGAUAACCAGGUGGAGUUAAGCCAAAGGGGGAGGGGCCACCUUCAGGUGGAAGUAUGUCAGUGCUUCAAUCGGACAUGGAAUUUUCCGUGGCAAGUUUAAAGCUACAAUAUUUUACUUUUUGGGCGAUCUGACCAAAUUCACAUAGAAAUGUGAGCUAUAGAUCUUGAAACAAGUCUAAGAAGCGGUAGAUUUGUUCUAUGUGUGCUAUUUCUAUGCUUCCCGUUCUUAAAUUUAAUUUUUGCGUCUUUUACUUUUGAUUUUGUACACCAGCUUCAAACAGCUGAAAAUAUAUUUCACAGCGGUUUAGAUGGUACAAUGAUUCUCUACACUAUGACUGCUUGGUUUGUCACAUAAACUGAAAUUAGACUAACUAUUAGAAUUUUUCAACCAGGAAAUGGUGGAGCGAUUUCUGCAUAGUGCAUCUUUAAGGAGAGACACUUUUAUGUCUUUAUUAGGAGUUGUAGUACAGUAGUAGGUUAGCAUUUCAGUUGUAAACUUUUCCAUGACAUGGGGGUCAUUCUUCAAUUUGCGUCCCUUGCCUUUGCAACUAUGAAAAACACUAUAAAUGACAAAUAGUUACACAUCAUACAUGUUUUUUUUUUAUAUUGAACUCUUUAUCAAUGAUAAAACAUCAUGCAAGUCCUUUAUACUGCAAAUCUUUGUUUAUGCAUUGUUUAAAGUACUUAGGGUAAGCAAAUUGGCUUGUCCCAGUAGUGAUGUGUAGAGUUGUACUGACAUGUUUUGGGGAUUUAGAGAUAUCUAUCUAUUAUUUUGAAUGCUAGAAAGUGAAGAAAAGUUUUUAAUAUAUUGUAUAGAUCAAUAAAAACAAAGGCGAUUAAAAUACAUUUUUUGUACUAGUAUAAUGUCUGUCAGUCAUUGGUGUUACCACCUUGAAAAUCUCUCAUUACAAAGAUAGUGUUAUGAUGCAAUGUAUCUUACUGUUGUACAUUGCAAUGUGUCAAUGUUAUUGCAUCUGUCCCUACUCAAAUAAAUGAAAUUAAUGAAGUCCUACCUUGAGCAUUCCCUCCAGUGGCAAACUGUUAUCGUGAGAGGGGUCUAAAUCCAGUGUCACUUGUUGUUAGUCAAUUUAAAUAAGGGAAAUAACAUUGUGAGCAAAAUUAUUAAUCAUAUCACUUUAGUAAAUGGUUAAUGACCUUAGAUUUAGUACUACAGUACUUUAGUACUACAUAGAGCCAUGACUACAUGGAACUCUAUUCCACAUCAAGUAACUGAUACAAGCAGUAAAAUUAGAUUUAAAAUACUGAUAAAAAAUACACCUUAUGGAACAGCGGGGAAUGUGAAGCAACACAAAUAUAAGCACAGACAUAUGCAUACACACACAUGAUAAUAUACGCACUAUACACACACGUACACAUGGAUAUUGUGUUGUAGAUAUGUGGUAGUGGAGUAGGGGCCUGAGGGCACACAGUGUGUUGUGAAAUCUGUUAUGAAUGUAUUGUAAUGUUUUUAAAAUUGUAUAACUGCCUUAAUUUUGCUGGAUUAAGGAAGAGUAGCUGCUGCCUCGGCAGGAACUAAUGGGGCUCCUUAAUAAAUACAAAUACAAAUCUGUGGCCUCCAUUUAACAAAAUCCACAAUAACCAAAAAUGUUUCAUUGGUGUAACCACUCUUACUGGUGGCACAAUGUUAUCCUACAGUACACUCUUUGAAAAAGUGUUCCAAAAGGCUUCUUCGGCUGUUCCCAUAGGAGACCCCGUUUUGGUUUCAGGUAGAACCCUUUUGGGUUCCAUGUAGAACCCUCUGUGGAAACGGUUCUACCUGGAACCAAAAAGGGUUCUUCAAAGGGUUCUCCUAUGCGGACAGCCGAAGAACCAUUUUAGGUUCAAGAUAGCACCUUUUUUCCCUAAGAGUGUAAUGAUAAAAAGUAUUUAAAGUCAUUAAACUGCCAUAGUAGUUGAUUUAGAAUGGGAAGAUGUACCCAAAUACAUUUAAAUAAAAAAUAAAAAAUGAGAAGGUAAACAUUUUCCUAAAUCCCCAAAUGCCACCGCAAUUCAAGAACGACGCAUAGGGUGUAACAUUGUUUCUUCAUUAUCAGUAGUAGUAGUAGUAGUAGUAGUAAGAAAAGUAAUUGUAAUUAGCUUCUAUUCAGAAUUUGAUACUGCUAACUGUACACUAGCAUCAUUUUACUAUGGCCUAGGCCCUCUCCCACCUCCCCCAUAAGGUAAACCUGAGGCAACCCCACUACUCAGAGAGAGCCCAUGGAUUUGACUGGAAGGACUAAUCUCCUUUUGCUAAUAGAUUUACUGUGUUGUCUUUAAUUACAGUAUCUCAUGACACCGGGGUUGGGUCUAUGUGUUGCUAUUUGCAUGGCUUACCACCGGAUCAACUCUUUAAGCCCUGAGUUGGCGUCGGAGUCGUUUGCUCGGAGGUCUCUUCGCAAUUUACAGUCCCGGAAAGAAACAGAUUAGAGAAAAAAAACUCUGCUCGCUAUAUGAUUGGUGUUUGUGUCUGCCGAGCAUCCAUCACAAGCCGGUUUGACUGAGAGCCGCAUAUUUAUCUAAUUCUUAUUUCACCCCAGCACUAAUGGCUCCUAGUUUAUGACCCUACUGCGCAUUGUUUUGCACAGAUGGCGUUUCAUUGGCGAAACAGAAGUUCCUCGGGCACCGCGCCGGCCCUCCCUUCCCUUUUCAUAGCUCAUUUCAUUGGCGUAAUGAUAAAUAUAGCCCUGUUUCUCAUCUCUCUCUCUCUGAAAUACUGCAUCAAGUCUCUAUGUCGCUAUCGGUGUACCACGUCUGACUGUUAAAGAGGGAUGGGGGUUUGCGGUUCGGCUUUACCGUAAAAUCCAGAUAAGUCUAGAUGAUAAAAUGGUUGGAUUAGACAGUCCAAACUCAGGAAAUGGCCCCGGAACUGCAUUUUUCUCUCUCUCACUCUCUCUCUCUCACUCUCUCUUUCUCUUUCUGUCUCUUUCUCUUUUUUUUUUCAGGCUCAAAGUCUCCCCAGUAAAUACUCUUACACAGGUUUGAUACUAAUAGCUGUUAUUUGGUGCAAUUCACUGCAAGGGAGAGUGAUGUGCAUUCAUAACAAUGGCAAAGACAGGGAGCGUAGGUGUUCAAAGUGCCUGAGCUCCACUCCAGAGAGGGAGGCUGUAUGUGACUGUUGUGUGUGUCUGUGUCCGUGUGUGCAUGCCUGUGUAUUUGUCUAGAGGAGAAAGACGGACAGUGAAAAAAAGAGAGAUGGUUAGAGAAAGAGAGAGAGAGAGAUUGAACCAGAGAGGACGGCAGACCGGGAGAAAGGAGGGGAAGAGACAAGAGGGAGACAGAGGGAAAGGGACUGCCUACCUAGCGCUGGUUGUUUGUGUGAUAGUUAACAAUGCUAUAAAGCAGGCCCAUCUCAGGACUUCUCAUAUAACUGCCAUCUGUCGGCUCGUAAAUCUGUCAGGAGGGGUCGGGUUCGGCACGAACCACAGAGAGGCAAGCAGGAUCUGAGAAGAAUGACAACCCAUUCCCCCGGCAGACACUGAGCCUCCAUUACCACUCAGACAUCUCCCCCGCGCCAAGCCGACACUAUCGUAUGACAGCACAGUGGCACGCUAUAGCAACAUGCAGCUCUGAAAACGGACGCAUCUCGCUACCCGACAUAUCUCGCUCCCUUGACUUGCAGUAGAGAGAAGAAGCCCGAAACAUAGGACAUUUGUGAUAGAUUUUCAAAACUGAGCCCAAAGGUCUUUGCUUUUAUUGAAAUCGCUUGGCCAUCAUCCAACGUGUAGGCUAUAUUCGAUGGUUACAUUUUCAAAGGACGCUCCACUCGAGGAGGAUGUUUGUCCGCUGCCGAUGUUUUUCUCUCCUUCCUGAAUGAGGGAUUGUCCAAGGUCAGGGAGGGAGGGAUGGAUGGCGGUGGUAACCGAGCCGUGUAGCGGCUCUACCAUAUUAAAUUACACAGAGCAUUGCAUUAAUCUGUCAAGAUUGCAAUAAAAUACGGAUCAGGAUUAGGAGCAGGAAUGAAAGUGAAUAUUUUAAUCAACCCCUGUGUGUGUCCACUGUCUUUAAACAGGUUGUGGGGAGUGCGAGGAGAGGGGGGUAGGUGGGGAGGUAGAAUGCAUUAUAUUUCCAUUCUCUUUUAUCGACCCUCUCUCUCUCGCCCCCUCCCGCCCUCCCUCUCUCCCCCUCCCUCCCUCUCUCUCUCCCCCUCCCUCCCUCCCUCCCUCUCUCCAGGUCUGACACCACCUACCACGCCCCCCCACAAAGCCAGUCAAGAGAUCCCUUUCAAAGCAUCGCUCAAAACCAAGUUGUCUUCAUGCUCCUCAUCUGCCCUGGCGUGCAAAAGGGCUCGGCUGAGCGAGGCGGACCCCUGCAGACCCCUAGCCCCAACCCUGGCCCCAGGCAGGAAGGGUCCCGAGCAGACUGAGCUGUACGCCCAGCUAAGCAAAGCGUCCACUGCCCUCCCCACCUCUGUGGUUGCUGCGACGACAGGGGUUUGCCAGGAGGAGCACUGCGGCGGCAACAACAAGCGGAGUGUCCAGCCUCGCUGCUAUGGCGACCACGACUAUUGUCAGUCCACGGCGGCCAGCACAAAACAGGACCCUGCCGCCGGCGCUAACGCUAAUGCGGCUGAUGCUACCAUUACCAUAACGACUGCUACGACAACCCCUCUGAAGCCCAAUCCGGGUAUGGUGGAGGACAGGCAUGUGGAAUGUAAGGACUCAGCCAUGCCACCCUCCUCAUUUUCCUCCUCCUCUUCAUCCUCUACAUCUCCUCCUCCAUCUUCAUCCUCUUUGGCCAAGCAGCUGCAGCAGCAGCAGAGUUCUUCCCCUGUGGGUAAGGAGGCUAGGGGGCAGGUCCGGACCCCCACCACCCAGGACAAACCACCCCCACCACAGACCCCAGAAGGGGACCAGCACUCCGCCAGCAGGAAGCAGCCCCUGCGAGACCAGGAGAUCCGGGCGGAGCUCAACAAGCACUUUGGCUGCCCCCAGCAAGCUAUCUAUAGCCAGGGUGAGAAGGGGGAGGAGGUGGUGGUGGUGGUGGAGGAGGGGAGACAGGGAGGAGGGGAGAUGACCGGAGCGCCGCAGCCGCCCAAGGAGAGCCCUGCUUGGGACGAGUACUACCGCAAGCUCCCUGGUUAUGGGUCUGGUUCUACUGGGUACCUGCACCCGGGCCUCUCUCCCUUCCACGAGGAGCUGGAGGAUCGCGGCACCGAGGGGCGCUUCCUCUACCCCUGGGAGGGCACCCCCCUGGACCUGCUUUUCGAGUCCUGCUCGCCGUCCUGCUCGCCGUCCAGCUGCUCCCCCUCACGGGGCUCCGUCUCGCCCCCCUCCUCCCUCCUCCUCUCCCCCAGACACUUCCGAUGGCCCCGCUUGGGCUCCCCCUCCUCCCGCUCUCGCUCCCGCUCCCGCUCCCGCAGUUCCUCCUCCCACCACCGGAGACGCUCCCUCUCCAGCUCACCCGACGGACGCCCCUCCUCCAGGUGAGUAAACCCUCAAUCUCUACUCACUGUGGCUAGGUUCCCAUGUCCAUACUACCACACCACUUAGAAGUCUUGCCCAAUAUAUCUACUACUUAGCUUCAUUCUAAGUAGCAUGCCAGUGUGGAUAUCGGAAUACAGCCAACUAACACGUUCCCUCCUGGUGGGUGACGUUUCCCUUCUGUUGUUUGAACGUUGCCUAAGCAUUGUGGGCGGCUCUGACGGUGCUCCCGGCAGGGGGCAGACAGCUCAGUCGUGUAAACAGGUCAGAGACGGAGUCAGGAGAGGAUAGUCUCUUCAGUCUCCCAGUAUGGGGCCUCUAGCUGCUUCUGCAUCCCCAGCCUGAGAUAGAAUCAUGGAGAAGACUUGUUAUGUUCCAGAGGAAAGAGGCUUUUUACAAUAGGAGAGAGUGUGGCAGGGCCAGGGAGAAUCCUUACUGGCUGGACGACUACAGUGGAUUGUGUUAGGCUGGUGUAGUGAGGCUAGCCAAGCUCAACUCUCUCAGUGCGUUACUACAGAGCAGAGGCCAUAUGUUUCACACUUCUCAGAGUAGGAGUGCAGAUCUAGGAUCAGGUCCCUCCUGUACAUAUAAUCUUAUUCAUUAUGAUCUAAAGGGGAAACUGAUCCUAAAUCAGCACUCCUACUCUGAGAAGCUUGUACAUGCAGACCCAGGGUUCCACUAGCAGAUACCAGACAUGGAGGUUUGGUGUGUUAGUCAAACUGUAAAUCUGAGAAGGCGGCAACUAGGAAAAUAAGCAGUGCCUUAGGCGUUGUGCUUUGGUUGCUUCAACGUUGUCAAAGCCUCUUUUCCCCUGGCAAUGAUUGUUAUCUGAGCAUUUUGUCACUCAUUCCCACCUCCGUUUACCCGGGAUCUACUAUUUGAUGUGGUGCGUGUUGUUUUAGGCAGCAUCUGUUGUUUUACUGAGCGCCAGGCGAAACCCCCCAGAGAUGAAAGCCAGAGUUUAGUUCUUUAUCCCCUCAUCUGAAAACAAUGUACAUCAUCACAGCAGCCCAGGAUAACUACAUUUCCCAUGGUUCCCUUUGAUCAGAGCAAAGGGGGUUAUGUUUUUUUUUUUUUACGGAUAUACUCUAGAUACUGAGUAGAACUACAAAUAGAAGGAGACUUUAUCAGCAGUCUUGCAUUGAGUGCCUUGCAAACUGGAUAGACUAUUCAUUCAAUUCCCUCACGUUCAUAAGUGAGUUUAAGUUGGUUUGCUGGGUUACUGAAAGGUCAGUCUCAAUGGAGGUUAGCUUUGCCUUCUGUUUUGUAGUCUUUUAUCUUUGAUAAAUCACUCACGCUGAGGACUAUCGCCAACAUUAUGAUACAAUACACAGAGACGGUCACUAGGUUGCUAAAGAUGUCACGGUUAGUUGAAAGAAGAAAAGCGGGGAAAAGUAACCUCAUAAAAGGUUAAGGAUACCUGAGUAAAAAGUAUCUCAAUCUCAAGAACUCAAAGUAAAAAAUAUUCUACACAUUUUUCUCAAGUACUCCCCCACUCUUUUCAAACUCUCGACUUCCUUAACUCUGUGGACAUUCGACCAUAGACUAACUUCUCUUCUUCUAUUAUUCAAGUCUCCCUUCUUCAGCAUCAGUUCAAUAAUAAAGCAAUGGGAGCUAAAGAGCCUGUACUCUGUAGGGACCUUCCCCUCAUUUAACAUAGAUACGAGGUGCUUGUACAGUACAUACUGGCCCUGAUGGGAGGAAAGGUGAGAACAUUUCUCCCAGCUGCACUGUGGAGGAGAAGAGUGAAGGAAGUCAAAUUCGGUCAAACUAGGAAAAUGUGCUGAAUAUAUUUGGACUUUUGGUUAUGUGUUUUUUAAGGUCAGAUUUGACACUGUGGCUCUGUCAUCUUGUAAGAAAAGGCUAUUAUUUAGGAAUGCUUAAGUACAGUGAGUGUCAUGUCUAGACAAUAUUAUCUGUUUCAGAGAUACGGAUCUCAGAUAUGAUUUCAUUUAUUUAAAUAAUGCUCGCAGUCGACAAGACUGAAUUAUGCAGAAUGCACAGUUACAUUUAGACAAUACUUUAAAAACACAAGAUACUACAUUUCAUUAAAACCUUUUUUUAAUUAUAAGACUCUGGAUGAUUAAUAUCUUGAUGAUUAAUAUGUAUUCUGUUUUUGCAGGUCUCGCCACAACAUGGACUCCAGCACAUUGCGGUCCAGGACCCACAAAAGCCCUCACUCACAGUCCAGAUCCCCCCUCAGUCGCAGGCCAAGGUAAGGGUCCACCACAUCCCUAACACUAAACCAGGGGUAAAUAGCUUAGGUCCCUGAUGAUCCAGUCCCUUCAGUUAAUGCUAGUUUUCGUCCUUGCCUUUUAACCAAAAACUUGUAUUGAUUGAAAACCAGCAGGAUUGUGGAACACGGUGUAGAAUAUUGGCACUCAUUCCUUAGCCAUUGAUUAGUCCAACGACACCAGACAAGCCCAAAGUCCUAUCUUCCCAUCUCUCUAAUGCAUGGCCACAUCUGACGAGAGAGUUAGGAGAGAAAAGUUGCACUUCUUUCCCCCGGACUAAGCUGAAAGUAAUGAUGUGAAGUAAUGCUGACAGUGGCAGCUGUCCAGCUCCCUACUGUGCGUCUCACCCGCUAUCCGCUCUCUCCCGCGGGCCUCUCCUGCGGGAUCCAUAACCUUUACGACCAGGAGGAGGCAUCUUCUUAUUAAUGCAUUUGUUAGUUUCCCUACCACUCUGGGAGGGGGAAAUUUAGCCCAACUCCUUGGUGGGGUUUUGGCCGAUACGCUUCAUAAGUGCGGACGUCAAAAUGAAGGGCAGAUGUUGGAAGGGCGGUGGAGGACAGUGGAAAUGAUGGGUUUGAUUUGGUCCCUCCGCAGGUACGACAGCUACGAGGAAUACCAGCACGAGCGUCUGAAGCGGGAGGAGUACCGCCGGGACUACGAGAAGAGGGAGUUUGAGAGGGCCGAGCAGAGGGAGAGGCAAAGUCAAAAAGCAUUAGUGAGUUCCCCUGUCUUAUAUUCUGAGUGGACAAAACAUUAGGAACACCUUCCUAAUAUUGAGUUGCCCUCAGAACAGCCUCAAUUCGUCGGGGCAUGGACUCUACAAGGUGUCGAAAGCGUUCCACAGGGAUGUUGGCCCAUGAUGACGCCAAUGCUUCCCACGGUUGUAUCAAGUUGGCUGGAUGUCCUUUGGGUGGUGGACCAUUCUUGAUACAAAUGGGAAGCUGUUGACCGAGAAAAACCCAGCAGUCCUUGACAAACCAGUGCGCCUGGCAACUACUACCAUACCCAAUUCAAAGGCACUUACUUUUUUUGUCUUGCCCAUUCACCCUCUGAAUGACACACAUACACAAUCCAUGUCUCAAUUGUCACAAGGCCUAAACAUCCUUAUUUAACCUGUCUCCUCCCCUUCAUAUACACUGAUUUGAAGUGGAUUUAACAAGUGACAUCAAUAAGGCAUAAUAGCUUUCACCUGGAUUCACCUGGUCAGUCUAUGUCAUGGAAAGAGCAGGUGUUCUUCAUUGUUUUGUAUACUCAGUGAAUCUCUCUCUCUCUCUCUCUCUCUCUCUCUCUCUCUCCUCUCUUCUCUCUCUCUCUCUCUCUCUCUCUCUCUCUCUCUCUCUCUCUCUCUUUCGUCCUUCUAACGGCAGCCUGGAGUUAAUAUAGCCCGGCUGUGCCCAUCGCUGUCUCACACACCCUCUGCACUACCUAGACAGGGCAGACAGUUAAGGGCUCAUUGCCGUGCCUGCUGCCUACUGUUCCUCUGUAAUGAAUGAAUACAUGCAAAGUGAGUCACUGAAUCAUUCAGGGCUACACACGUUUCCUCUUUAUCUCCAGGUUGUGUAUUUUUUAAAGUCUCCAGCGUCUGGGAACGGUGUCGGAUCUUAUUAAUCACACAACAGGGGCAGAUGUUAGAAACAGGAAGAGAAGGAAGAGGGCUAAAAAAAGGAAAUUCACUGCCAUGGAAAUGUACACUGUUUAAAUAAGGAAUAUUUCUAGUGAUCUAGUUUACGUUCAAUGAAAAUGGGAUGAAUAUCAAUUCUCCGUUCUCUACCUCUGUCUCUGUGUGACAUUGCACACGUUUUAAACAUGCUAACACAGGAUGAUAAAUGUGCACGUCAAAUAAUUCACACAUGCCAUCUUUGGCCUGCAUACAUUUUAGGUGAGACAAUUACGGGCAGCAAAGCCAAGCUGUCAGUAGAGGUUUGGGAGGCCAGAUGAUGCGAGGGCUACACACACACACACACACACACACACACACAAACAGACGGCCAGCCUCAGGGUGCCGUCUCGGAAAGCCGGCGUAUUUAUCAAUUGUCAGCAACUAAAUCACUAAUUCAGCAAACGCUUUGUCUCAUACUGUAUGUGAAGGGAGGAGAGGAAAGAAAAAUAUACAGAAUAUUAUGGUUAAUUUGUAUUUUCCUAAGGAUUGGAGCUUAUGUCUUACCAUUUAGCAUGCAUACCAAAUGGCACCCUAUUCCCUAUAUAGUACACUACUUUUGACCAGGGCCCAUAGCACUCUACUCAAAAGUAGUGCACUAUGUAGGGGAUAGGGUGCUAUUUGGGACAGAACCUUGGUUCUUGGUUCUUUGCGGAGGUGAACUUUGAGUUUUACUACCAGGCGACUGAUUUACAUGUAUCAGUUACCAGUGGCCCCGGGGUAGCAUUCAACAUUUGAAUGGAUCUCUAUAGACUCGCCCCAGUAAUGGCAAGUAAAUGAGUGAAUAAAUAAAUAAUUUCAGUGAUACAACAGCCUAGAGGCUUGCUCUGCAUUUUAUGAUUAGCAGAUGCAAUUAAAUUGCUCCCAAAACCAUAAUUGCAGCCUCGUGCGGUAGGUCUAAAUUAUGCCGCUGUGACCUUUGUGUCCUUUGUGGUUUGUGGAAAAUUGUGUUUUCUCCCCCAUGGCCUGGUCUUAGUAAUGGUGUUUUCUCCCCCAUGGCCUGGUCUUAGUAAUGGUGUUUUCUCCCCCAUGGCCUGGUCUUAGUAAUGGUGUUAUCUCCCCCAUGGCCUGGUCUUAGUAAUGGUGUUUUCUCCCCCAUGGCCUGGUCUUAGUAAUGGUGUUUUCUCCCCCAUGGCCUGGUCUUAGUAAUGGUGUUUUCUCCCCCAUGGCCUGGUCUUAGUAAUGGUGUUUUCUCCCCCAUGGCCUGGUCUUAGUAAUGGUGUUUUCUCCCCCAUGGCCUGGUCUUAGUAAUGGUGUUUCGUACAGGUUUCUUUAAUGGUGGAUGUGUAACUGGAGCUUAUUAUCUGAUAUUCAGGGCCAAGCGAGGGGUCUAAUUCACUAGUGCAACAGUUACCCAUAAUUGAAGGACACUUAAAAAUGCAUUUGUCCUCUUUUGACUACAGAUAUAGGCUUGUUGAGUUGUGUAAUACCAAACAAGUCAUUGAGUCAUUAUGAGUUCUCAGACCACAAAACGAAAGAGGAAAAGAAAACACUACCUCUGAUAGUCUGAAGGUAUACGGUUCUAUAAGGGCCGGGAAAAAAUACCAUAAUGAAUCUGUCCUAUCAGAUAAGAGGAGGUAUAUAGCACAGCCCGACCAAUCAACGGGGAAAAAAACAAGAGCGAAGUGACAAAAGGGUGGCCUCGAGUCAGCGCUCGCCGUCGGGAGUUCCGAGCAGUUCAUUAUGGCCACCGAGUAGGCUUGAAGGGGAGGGGAAAAGAGAAAAGAGAGGAAUAUAUACGCCUCCUUUCAUCUCUCUCCCUCUCUCUUUCUCUCCUUUAAUGAGCAGGAGGAGAGACGGGUGGUGUACGUGGGGAGACUGAGGUCCGACAGCACGCGGACCGAGCUGAAGCGGCGCUUUGAAGUCUUCGGCGAGAUCGAAGAGUGUGCCGUGAACCUGAGAGAUGACGGGUAAGGCCCCGGGACUGUGUAUGUUUGUGUGUGUUGGGUGCAUGGGGGGGGUAAUAGGAUUCAUUGUAGUACAUCAGUCCAUUCAUUCCUACCCUCUGGGUUAGGUGGGACACAGAAAACCAGCAUCUCUUUCAGGGCUUUGCAUCGACUACUAUGUCAAAGUCAGGUGUAGACGCAGGGCAGGAUAGCUCUUUUUGCAUUCCAAUCGUGUCUGUUGCCCUAUCUAUCCCUAGCCUAAAAAGAGCCCCAAAGAUACAUUUUUAUUGAUUUCUCUUUUGCAUAUAAAUAGUGUGGAUGUCCGCUACCAGAGGAGGACCUGACGUUGUUGGUUUGACUUUUCAUUUUCUGUUCUCGACCGCAGGGACAAUUUUGGCUUCAUCACCUACCGCUACACUUGUGACGCCUUCGCUGCCCUUGAAAACGGACACACCUUACGCCGAUCAAACGAGCCCCAGUUCGAGCUGUGCUUCGGUGGACAAAAGCAGUUCUGCAAAUCAAAUUAUACAGACUUGGGUAAGUGCUGCUUUGUUGUUGCUCGGGAGAGCCCCGGAGCUUCUGCUAAUACACGUGGACUGUCAAAGGGAGUGAAGGAUGGAGGGGAGGGGAGGGGAGGGGUGGGAAGCUGCAAAAGCAAAAAGGCUCAAAUGAUGCCUUUAAAAAUCAAAGAGCAUAUCUUUACUCUCACCACCCCCCCUCAAGCUUUAGAAUCUACCUUCCAGUCAUCACGGGCAAAAACAGUUCAGGGGUCAAUCUGUGUACAAUUCCAGGAAUAGAGCUGCUCUUUUACCGGCGCCUAGAUAGGAGUAUAUCUCGAGGAAUGGAGAGGCCUUGUUCCAUUCCAUUGCUCACAGCCUACAUCUUUGUACUUAGUCGAUACUCAAGAAGUAUGGAAUUGGAAAGAAGGAGAACGAUGCCCUUUAAAAGCUUGUCUGCGGUUUGUUUUGAUACCCUAUAUACAGGCAUGUAUAUUUUAUGCUCUGGUCCUCUUGGAGGGUAAAGAGAGGGAUGUGGAUGGAGGGAGGGAGGGAGGAGGGAGGGAGGGAGGGAGGAGGGGGCAAGGUUAAAUCCCCUCAGCCCCUCCCUCCUGGGUGAGCCUCCAUCUGUUGCCAGCUGUUGUGGUGUUCAACAGAGGCAAGACCUCGCUGUGGUACCUAGCAGCAUGUCAUCCACAGAGGGAGGGAGGGAGGAAACGAACCUGACAGCAGAGGCCUGAUUGACUAAUAAUCAGCACUCUCUUCCUCAUGCUUUUAGACACUGACACAGGGUCGGCUCCUCAAGACGGCAGCCCUACAAAGUGCCGGCGACUUAAUAGCACGGGUAGAGCUAGUCGAUUAAUCGGAGGAAAAGGUGCCAACGUACAAGUGCACAGAAAAAAUUAACCGUAUACGCCCGAAAGACAGCACUCAUUGUUCAGAAGGACGUGGCUAUAUUGCCGGAUGGCGGAUUUGAUAAAUAAUAUAAGGUACUGAUACAAAUCUUCUCCCUACGUAGACGCCUGUUGAAAACAAGAAGAGAAAAUGGGAUCUCCAUCCCUCUAUUUCUCAUCCCCUAUCUAUACUAUAGCCCCACUAUCAUUAACAGAAGGUAGACACUCUGGGAGCAAUGUUUAAAUAGCACUAUAGCCGGAGUCAGUCAGUCCAUCAAGAUGGAUGCUCGUCUGUGUGUCCACAAGAGAUCAUUUGCUCCAUUUCAUGAUGGAGGUUAAGAUGCCAAGUGGGGCUUGUAUAGUUGCUCCCGUUUUCCACUCGACAUUCAUUCUACGACAAAGCGUGAGGUGGGGAAUGUUUAAUGCAGGGCGAACUGGGAGGUCAGUAGGUCACAGCAGAGGCAAAAAAUCAAAUGUUCUUCAAAGGAACAAAGACGUUAAUGUUUAUUUCUGAGGCUCGGGCCUGAAACCAAUGGCAUUCACGGAGUGGACGUUUGUGAAAUGUACAGCGACGAUGCGUUAAUCCCAGGUCCAUGACACUACUAAUCAGUCUCUCAGAAUGAAAAGAAAGACCUUCAUUCUGCUUCCUCUCACUUUUAGAGAGAAAGACCAGUCUAUCCCAAACUGCCCAUGGGGGUAGGAUAAAUAACGAGAGAGAAAAAUACGUCCUGUUCAAAGCGAGGGAACUUGAAUAAUGUCAUGCAGGAGCGGCCUCAGUUCCUCCUCUCUAUCUUGCCCGGCCCUCUCGUCUCGUUAUUUUUUUUUUGACUGUCCAUUAGUUCUAAGUAGUGCACAUGGGUAUUUGUCAUCCUUCAAGGUGCGCGGUGUGACACAAUCCACCCCUUGGCCAUGGCAUUAGAUCACGACUGGCAUCUCCUGCAUGCCAUGGUCAUUCCCAUUUCUCAAGCUCUCAAAGCGUGCUUCCGCCCCGUGUGGGGGCCCCAUUUGUGAAGCUGUCUGCCAAGAGAGAUAAGACUCAUUUAAUAUCGCGCCGACCAAUCAAAAUAAAUGCCCCCGCCGCCCGCUCAGUUUUGGCGUUUUUGGCGCUCAGUAUCAGGAAAGCUUUAUUUUCCACCCUGAGCCUUUGAAUUAUGUAAAGAUGAAUGGUGUCUAAACUUCUAAUUUGUGGGGAGAUAUGAAACGUUGGAGGGGGUACAGAUAGCUUUCAAACUUAUUGAAAAGCAACAGAUUCAAAUGAGUCCUUUGAGAUAGAUGCAGAUCUGAGUAUCUAUCUGCCCAACACUGAGCCAAAUGAUAGUGAUACAGAUUUACAGUUGUUUAUAGGAUUAUGUGAAAUGGUUUGAACGUCCUUUGAAAUGGAUGUAUUCAGAAUAUAGCAAAGUCACGAUGACCUGACUUGUCAAACAUUUAGGGGCAGUUCUGGACACAGAUUAAUCUUAGUCCUGGACUAAAAAGGUAUUUCAAUGGAGAUUCUCCAUUGGCCAUGCUAUUUAGUCCAGGACUAGGCUUUAUGUGUCCAGGAAACUGCCCUUCAAUGUGCAGAACUAAACAAAGGUGAGAGUGAUUUUGUGACAAGAAUUGGAGACCACUUAGUCUGCUUAACACUGACGUCAAUAUACAUCUCUCAUUUCAGAUUCCCAUUCUGAUGACUUUGAUCCAGCCUCCACUAAAAGCAAGUACGACUCCAUGGAUUUCGACAGCUUGCUGAGAGAGGCCCAGCGCAGCCUGAGAAGGUAACAGGUGCCCUGUCACCUGCUGUCUACAAAGAGGGAUGUCUUGAUACCUCACUAAUGUUUCUGUCCUUUGACUACGAGACUACCCGAAGUUUUACACUCUAUGUAAG